CAGUUAUUUCACUCCUUUUUCGCUUUUCGCUAAUUUUUCGCAUCCUCCCAUUUUCAGUAGUUUCCGCUUCGAUCUCUUUUCUGUUUUGCUCCUUUUUUCGGGUGCCUUUCUCCGCGUUCGACUCUCGUUUCAAACGAUCCAGUCCACGUGUUGUUCUGUUUACGCGGGAAAAAACCUCUCUUCUCUCUCCGCAAUCAUGGAGGAACCCUUAGGAGCCAUUAUCAAAAAACUCAAAAGUGUGGACUCCCACGUUAACUAUCAUUGGUCCAUCCAUUUCUACAAGAAAAAACUAAAAGUCGUUAUUUGAUCGUUUGAAUUUACGUUUAGCUAGGAUUUACCAUUACCAUAGAUGAUCAGCCAGCAGGUUAAAGUGAUCAACAACAUCACUUCUUCCGAAGCUUUGAAAGCAGGCAUCAUUACCUUUGAAGAGGUUUUAAAUCAGAAGUCGCGUGGAAGAUGUGGUCAGGAGCAAGGGAAGCCAAAGUGGGGCGGAUUUCUUGGCGAGAACAGUGCUUCCUUAGCAGCCACAAGUAUUCCUCCAGUAAUGAUGGACACCCCCUCAACUUGGUGGACGGAGGACUUCGUGGACCUGACCAGCUUCACGACGACAGUAGUGGAUGAACGUGGAAUCAAUCAAUCAAGCUCAGCGACAGGUGAAUCUGAUGUUCCAGCAAUGAAAAUGGAUGAAAUAAAUUCAUUGAUGGACGUUCCGACUUUCGCAUGGUUAGAAGAAGAUGACAAGAGUGGUGUGGAAAGCCUAACGCCAAGCCCAGGGACCAACAGUGGGAAACUUUACCCUCCGCAAGGCGGCAAAGUCACAUCGCUCAAUUUCAGAAAACCAGCGAACAACAGUCUGGUAGGGCGGCGAGAUGCUCAGUUGAAACUGGAUCUCACGCUAGCAGCCGAGCCGCUUGCAUCUUCAGACUCUCCGUCGAGUUUCGUCCAGACAUCACAAGUUCCUGCGCAGAAGAAAGAGCUUAAUAUGACAACUCCUGAUAUACUUGGUCCACUCACCGAUAAGAAUUCGAGUUUCAACUUGUUGGCGUAUGUUUUUGAAGAGGACAAAUAUCCAACAGAUGUUGAUGGAAAAACUACGAAUGUUUUGAAUACACCGGAAAUCAAACCAGAACAACUUGAUAUACAACCCUUAUUCACACCGAAAGCAGAAGAGCCGCUCUUAGCACCCCUCAUCGCCAUCAAAGAGGAGCCAGAAGAAGUGGAAGUUCCGAACGUCUCGCCGAAAGAAUCAAAAGAGAUAAAAACGAAUGCGCCAGUCAAAGAAGAGAAGAAACGAAGAGCACCUCCAGCACGCAGGAGACCCUCUCGCCCGAAAGAAAAAGUUGCUGUAGUGGAGCCGCGAAUCAAGAUCGAACUGGACGAGUAUCGACCAGUUUUGUUCCGAAACAAAACCAACUCACUAUCCGAGAACAUCCUCUACCCCCCGCAGAAGAAGCGUAAGCUCUCGACAACCAGCGAGGACUCAUCCGUUUACACGGAUGAUAAGUAUCGUGAAUUGCGAGACAAGAACAAUGAAGCAUCACGCCGAUCUCGAAUGAAUCGCAAAUCGCGUGAAGUGGAGAUGAAAAUCCAAGCAGAGGAGUUGGAAGCUACGAACAGUGCAUUGAAAUCGAAGGCUGAUGAACUGCAGCGACUUGUUGACAGAUUGCGAGCAACAUUAAUGGAGGUUAUGGUCAGGAAAUGUUAAGGUUUCUUUCAGGAAGAAGUCGAUAGUGACUAGCUUUAAAAGCUUCAAAUUUGUGCAGUGCUUGUAACACACUAGAAGGAGUUUUGGAGCAUUUUCUAGAGAGCUAAUUUUUAUUUCCUUAUGCUUCAGUACUGUCAUCAAUUAUAUUGUCUUGUUUUAAAAGACGCUAUCAGUGCAAAGCUCUAAAACUCCGAAAUCAUGCUUUUGAACGAUUGAAAUCUCAAUAGGAGAUAAUUUAUGGCCAGUUCCUAACUCUCAGUGCAAUAUGUUGUCGGGAGUAUGAUAUUUCACAGUUAUCGAAGCAAGAAGAAUGAUGAAAAGGUUUUGCAAGCUGCUGUUAUUCCUGAUUUAAAGUCUCUUUUGAGUCGCCCACUUUUUAUGUACACAAACUUGAGAAUGAAAAUUACUCUCAGCAUCACAAAUACCUAUGCCUGUAUAAUUUUUAUCGUGCAUAAGAUCAUCGUAUAUUUAUUUUAAUGUUUUCUUGGUCCUUACUUUUACUCCUACUUUUAAGGAAUUCGUUUAAGUACGUUAAUUUUUUUCUCUUUUCGCAUACUUUAAGUUUUCAAGUUUUAAUCUUGUUACGAAAAUUUAAAUCUAAGAUUUGUUGAGUUUAACUGUAUGACGAUAUUGGUUUUCAUAAAGAAAAUUCCAAAUUUUCUGGAGGAAAAGUAAAAGAGGUUUGAAAUAGAUUGGAAUGGACGCCUGAAGAGAGAGUUUAUUUUAUUAUGAUGAAAAAUGUAUACUACAUAAAAUGUAAGUUUGUGUGUUUGUAAUUAAAAUGUACGCAGGGUUGCCCUGCUUUUAUUUAUUUUUAUUCAGUCGAUAAUUCACUCGUAAAUACUACUCCUCUCACCUAUUCAUGAAUUAUAUUAUUAAUCAUAAUUUAAUUUCUACCCUCAGGUAUUUCGCCAGUAUAACUUUAAAAAGACGCAACUGUACAAUGUAACCUGUACCUUUUUAUUAUAUUUAAAAUUACACUAAAAUUGUUUUACAGUUUAUUUUCACUCUUAAUGGCAUGUAUUUUUAAAGGAUUGAAGUCAAAGUUGAAAAAUUCUAGAGUUUUGAUAACUGAUAUUUAUGAGUCGGCUUAAAUAGAAGAACAUAGAAACAUUGAAUUUCUAUUUUCAAUAUCGGAGGAGUUUUUGCUCUUAGAGAGCAAAGUAGAUGUCAUCACUCACAAAAUUUUUCACUUGUCAUUUUUCCUAUUUAUUUCUAAUGUUGAAAUUUGGCGUUCUGGCUGAUAAUAAAGCAUUACUUUUUAGCUUAUCAUUAAAUACCAACCAAGACAAAAGUGGUUCUAUGAUCUCCAAAAGCAAACGGGAAAAAAUAUCUUGAAUCCUGUUCUUUUCAACAGCCCUGCUAAAGCGCAUGUUCCUUUUAAGUGGCACUCUAUGGUUCAAAUGAUCUUGAACUAGUCACAUCAAGAAUUUUUUUCAAAGAACUUGUAAAACUCCAUGGAAUUUCAAAUUUGUAUUAAGAGAAGUUUUUGAUCAAACUGUCAGUCAACCAGACCAUGACCAUUGAAUUGUAUUUUAACUGAUUUUGGUCUUACUAAUUUCCUAUUUUAUUAAUUUGUUUAUUUAUUUAUUUCUUUACUUUCUUUAUUUAUUUUAUGAAUGUAUGCAGGAAUUCUAUAUUCUGCGCAUGCAAGCAAAGGUAACCCUGCUUAUGUUAUAUCAUGUUCCGUUUUUUUUUUAAUCGGUAAUGGAAGUUCAAAUUUAGUUGCUAGGUCUGUGCGAAAUGUCUCAGUUUGAUCGCAUUUAAAGCGAUAAAGUGUCAGUGACGCUGUGUAGUCUUCAUACCAAAUCUUAUUAUUUCAUGGAAAAUUUGGAACCACAUAGUACAACAAAGUUAAUUUUAUUCCAUCACAAACUUUUUUUCGUUUUUAUUUCUUUACAAUGCAUCACGUAUCCAUUACUGCUGAGUCCUCAAAAUGACGGUGACUGCUCUGUCAUCCUGAGCAAAGUGAGUCACUAAUUCUAGUGAUCUGACUGUUUUAAGUAAUAAAUGCUGAAGAAAAUGAAGAAAGAAAGGAAGGAAACAGAGCGUAAAUUUUUAUCCUACAAUAUCAUCCUAUAAUCACUUCUAGGGCAUUUCUAGCUCCCAUAGAAUUUUAACCAAAAAGUUUAUCACAAAAAUAUUGCCAAAUUCUUCGAUCCCAAUCUCCCUCUAGCUUUUUACCACUCAAAAUAUAACUUAAUGUAUCACCACUAUCUCCUUUAUCAGUAAUACUUCUAAAGUAUCUUUCAGAACUUGCUCUGUAAUCUUGCAAAGCAAGCCCCCAAAUUUACCCUUAUUCUAAAAUUGUUGAUCAAUUUGCGCUCUGCUUAGGAUGACAAUGUGUUUUGGUAUCAAGUUCUGUUUUGUUGUGAAUACAUCUGUAUUCUCCUUGUUCGUAUUUCUUUGUUGUUUUUGUCAGUUUCUCUUGUUUUUCAUUUUUCUAUGAAGAAAACAUUUCAAAAUAAAUAUGAUUAAAAAUCUCUCGGAAA